CAGAGCGUUGAUCGCAAUUGCGCAUGGUUCUGCGUCGGUCUCGCUUGUCUCAAACAAGCCUAAUGAGAAAACGGCCACCCCCUGGGUAUUGUCCUCUCAAGACAGGAAGGAGUCAUCACAUACACGAUAUAUUACAACUAGCUCCUGAACAGCUUGCACUUCUUAGUGUCCUGGAGAAGAAGAAGAAGAAGAAGAAGAAGAAAAGCGACACGGACACCCGAGGACUCCAGCUCAGAGCCCAGCCCACUGGAGUUUCAUGAUGGCGGCGAUGGACCAGAGUCCGUUUUCUCUGUUGAGUCUGGAGGAAGAGCUGAGCUGCAGCAUCUGUCUGUGUCCCUUUGACUGCCCGGUGACCAUCCCCUGCGGACACAACUUCUGCCAGGACUGCCUCCUCGCCAGCUGGAAGGACUCCUACAGCUGUCCUCAGUGUCGGACCCACUUCCCCAUCAAACCGGAGCUGAAGAAAAACACGGUCCUCAGCACCCUCGUGGAGACCUUCAACCUGCGGACGACCAAGAGCGAGGCCGACCUGGGGACAGCAGAGGACAGCCAAGCCGAGAGCCAGGAUGUCAUACGCUGUGAUACAUGUAUGGAAGCAGAAGCGGCGCAGACCUGCCUCACCUGCAUGGCCUCUUUCUGCGAGGAGCACCUGCGGCCUCACCGGGAAAACCCAAGAUUUAGAGUCCACCAGCUGAGUGAGCCUGUCGGCGACCUGUCCGAGCGCAUCUGCCCGGACCACCACAAGCUGAUGGAGCUCUUCUGCAGCCAGCAUUCCCGUCCCAUCUGCAGCCUCUGCCUCCAGCAGGUCCACAAAGGCUGCUCCUUUAUGUCCCCGGAGGAGCAGAGGAACCUGAAAGAGUCCGACCUGAGAGGCAAGUUGGCUAUCCUGGACGAGAAAAUAACGAAGAACGAGAGAGUUAUUUCGCAUAUUGGUGACAUGGAGGACAAGCUAAAGGACUCAGCGACCAACAGGAAGAAGGCCGUGGCAGCUGAGUAUCAGCAGAUCCGGGAUAUGUUUGCCCGAGAGGAGAGUGAAGCUCUGAAUGCUGUUGACUGCGAGCUGCAGAGUGGUCAGACUAAGCUUAAGGGUCUCUCAAAGAAGUUCAAUGAGAACGUUGUUCAUAUGAGUAAAGCUAAAGAAGACAUCCACAGUCUGCUGAGUCAGUCCCAGACUCUUGCCUUCCUACAGGCUUCAUUCAACCUGCCAAAGGCUGCAACCUUUGACCCUUACACCCCUCAAAUCAACCUGGAUUCUAAGAAGGUGAAAGCCAUGCAGGCCUUUUGUGCAGACCUGAAGGAGCACCUGACAGAGAUGUUUAAACCGCCUGUUGAGGACAGACUGCUGAUACGCAAACCGGAAUUCAACAAUCCUCCAAAGCAGAAAAGGCCCCCCAGGUCCCACAGUCCAGGUCGUCCCCUCAUCGAGUCAUUAUACCAGCCAGUUUACAUGGGGUCACAUCCACACCACAAUGCACCCCAGCAUCAACCAGGCUACAACAGGGAUCCCCAUUUUAUGGCAGGACAAAAGACAAAUAUUAACCCUGGCAUUUUAGGUCGUCCCCUCAUCGAGCCAUUAUACCUGCCAGUUCACAUGGGGUUUCAACCAGGCUACAACAGGGAUUCCGAUUUUAUGGCAGCACAAAAGACAAAUAUUAACCCUGGCAUUUUAGGAGCUUAUGGGGGAAAUUCACCCUUUGGCCCUGGAACUUACAAGGAAUCAGAGCCGCAACGGACAGGUCCAGGUUCUCAACACAAAGCAGGCCCAAAGGAGAAGUCUGAAAAACCAAAACCUCUCAAAGCUGCAAAAGACAAUAUUGGACAAAAGAAUGAAGAACGCUCAACAGAAAACCUCUUGGAUUUAGGUGGGAUAAUCCAACCCAGAAGCAGUACUCCUCCACCUUAUUUUAAUAAACCAGAAAUGUCGGACAUUCCACCAAGCAUAACAUCUGCUGAAAAAAGAACCGAACUUUUGAAAUAUGGUACAGUUCUCACUUUGGAUCCAAAGACGGCCCACAAACGCAUCGCUCUGAGUGAGGGCUUCACUAAGGCCUCGGUGUCAGAUGAACACACAGACUAUCCCGACUGCCCUGAACGCUUCUCGGUCUGCUCCCAGGUGCUCGCCUCCCAGAGUUUCUCUCGAGGCCGCCACUACUGGGAAGUGCGACUGAGCUGCAACAACUUCAUUGGCGUAGGCUUGGCUUACAGAAGCAUUGACCGCAAAGGUCCCACCAGUCGACUGGGCCGCAACGACCACUCCUGGUGUAUCGAGUGGUUCAAUGUCAAGCUGUCCGCUUGGCACAACAGCAAUGAGACCGUGCUGGUCAAUCUCAAUCCAGAGCGCGUAGGCGUGCUGUUGGAUUGUGACGAGGGCACUGCUACGUUCUAUAACGUGGCAGACAGGGCGUAUCCCUUCCACACCUUUGUGUUCCCCUUUGCCCAAGCUGUGUGUCCAGCUUUCUGGAUUUUCUCAAGUGGCUCGUCCAUUUCUGUGUGCAAGCUUCAGGCAUGAGGAGCAUAUGCACAGAAUUGGCAUGCGGGCACACUCGUAAUACACAGCCUUUUCUUCUAAAUACACUCAUAAUAAUGGAAUAUAAUACACUGCUUUGUUCACUUAUUAAGACAUUCCCUGUUAACCCACCUCCAGCUAACAUUUAGUCAAAAUCAAUGUUGCCUUUUUGAAGUUGAAGUUGCAACUAAAUGGUUCUUUGUGCUGUUGGAGUGUGUCAGGUGAAACUUGAUUAUCCCCACUAUUAGUGCUCGCUGAUUUAGCUUGGCUUUAACAAAGAAAAUGAAGGAAUAACUCAAAUGUGUUUGUCUGAAAAUGUCAGCACACAGUCCUUAUCUUCUAAACUUAAAUGGACUCGGAUGCAAACGAUAGCGCCAUCGCUGUUGUCGUUAGCUAUGCUAGCUGUGAUUUACAGCAGCUGAAUUUUUGGUUGUGACCAAAAACGAUUAAGACGGCUUUUCUAAACACGUAAAAAGCAACAUGCUUUGUGUUUUCCAGUCUAUAAACUGCAUCCCAGGCGGUUUGAACACACCUGAGCAUCAAUAUGACUUCUGUUAUUAGGAUUAUAAGAAGAACGCGCACUGUACUCUUACCGUACAGCAUGUGUGUGCUAGUCUUUCUCCUGUAUUGUGACUGUGACUGGAUAAAGAAGUGAAUUAUUACGUCACGCUCCAGCAUGUGUCAGUACAGUGUUUUCAUAUGUCCGCAUGUGGAAAAUGUACGAUCGUUUUGGAGUGCAUUGAAGUGAAGCUCUUAAGGUUAUAGGGCUGGGCGAUAUGGCAAAACAUUUGAUCAAGUUAUUUGUUUUUCAUUCUGAUGACCUUUAAAAGAUUUCUUACAGUCUCUAAAUCGUUUUACCUUUUGAUCCAAAAUCAAUAAUCAACCAUCCGUGUUUAAUGGCUUGUGCAUUUCAGACUACUUUAAAAAAAAUGCUAAUAAUUAUGAUAGAGAUUAAGUUGAACAUUUAAAAUAAAAAGCUCAGAAAUUGAAAAAAAAACGCCAAUGUUCUUUGAUACUAUACAGGUAUACAUUUGCAAAAGAAACUGAA